UGUGUGUGGUUGGUGGGCAGAUGAGUGAGUGAUUGUGCGCGCGCGCGUAUGCACACUGUUGGCAUUAGCACGCUGAUAUAAUCUGCUCAGUAUGUUGUGCGUGUGCGCGUCUGUGUGUUGUGCGUGCGCCCGUGUGUGUGGUGCGUGCCUCGAGCUGCCUGUGAGAGCCCAGCCUCUGAGCUGCUCAAACAAAAGUGCUCCUGGUGGACUGCUGCUGCGAGUGCUGGCUAGGUGUGUGCUGCUUGCUGCUGCUCGCUAGUUUGGUGUUUUUGGGUGGGAAGUUAUUUUUUUCUUAUUCUUCUCCGUCGUCUGUCUUAUCCCCCCCCCCCACCAUCACCACACCCCUCUCACCCCAUCCUUGCUUGAGUGUGCGUGUGUGCGCUGCUUGCGAUCGCCGGAAAGAGUGAGGAGCGUCUGCCAUCAACCACCGACGCCGCCGCCGCUGCUGCCCGGAGGUUUACUUCGUGUUUCACUGGUACAAAGACGAAUACAGGUCGCAGAGCAUUCAACUCAAGAGCUCUGAAGCUGUGCAAUGACCUGCAUCCAUCUGUGAAGAAGGCAUCCUCUCCUGCGGUUUAUAAGCGAGAAUGAUAACAUCCAAUACCACUUUGGGUGUCAACAUUUCUUACGACAGCCAGCUUCUACUUCUGCCAGAAACCAUGGCUGAUAUUUUUUCUGAUAUUUUAGUCAUAAUUACCAUGGUACCAUCUACAUUGUUUGCAUUUUUAAUGACAUUUACAUUUUUGUGUGAAAUUAAAUUAAAAGAAAACUCUAAAUACAUAUUUUUUAUAAACUUGGUUAUUAGUGACAGCAUGUUUUUAUUUAUUGUUGACGUUUCUUCUAUUUUGUUUAUAUGUGGGACCAGAUUUAAUGUUGGAGGCUGCUCCUUCUAUAUAAAUUUUUAUCGAGGAUUAUUCAAUAAUGGAGUCACUUGCAUCUCCUUAAUGGCCAUAGAAAGAUUUGUUGCCAUAUGCCACCCAUUGCGUUAUCACAACAUCUUUAACCAAAAAUCUGCUCUCAGAUGCCUUGGUAUGAUUUGGUUUAUUUCAUUCUUUUUUCCUGUUGUAGAAAUUAUAUUUAUGGUUACAACUGAUAACUUGGCAUUUCAACGUGUAGCUGGUGCAUGUGAAGAUGUCAAUUAUAUUUUUGUAAAAGAUUACGUCCUUCUUGAAUACAUUAGGAAUUGUGUGUUUGUGUUAUUUUUUUCUGUAAGUUUUGUUAUCCUUGUAAGCACAUAUAUUUUGGUUGUAAAAGCGGCUAAGCAAGCCGCUUCUCGUGAGUCUGAGGCAUCGAAAGCCAAACAUACUCUUAGGCUGCAUGCAGUCCAGUUAAUAUUAUAUAUGAGUGCUUUUCUAAUCCAACCAUUUAAAACUUUAAUAGAUCUAACUGUGAACGACUCUGACAUGAAUUAUAUGUUAAAAACAUUUUUGUAUUAUUUUAUGUUUGUCAGCCCAAGAUUUUUUAGUCCAUUCAUUUACGGACUGAGAGACAAGGAGAUUCGCCGGUAUCUAAGACGGAGGGUAUGUUGUGGUCAAAAUGUACUGAAGGUGAACCCUGAGCACACAAUUUUCCAUAAACACGCGUAAUUAUGCUCAUAUUACCAGCAUUUUAUUCAAUUGAAUUACUCAGCAAAAACUUGGAAGGAUCCUCCUGAAUAACAUGUCUUGAGAUUCCUGGGUCAACAAGAUUAAUAAAAGUAGCCUAUGCAGACGUAUGACUCUAUAUAACAUAAGGACAAUGAUAUGUACAGUAAGUCCUCGUUUAGCACGAUAGACGCAUUGCUGAAAGUUCCGCGUUCAGAAAAAAAUGUGUUCAUCAAAAACAAUUUCCCCAUAAGUAAUGUAACGACAAAUUUUGGCAAGAUAUGAUGUACGCACACAUAUUAAGAUUGCAAGACAAAUAACUGAGGGUACGCCGCCGCGUACUUUAUCAUAUUACUCUGCCGCGCAGCUCAAGCCAGUAAUUCGUUGUCGACCGCUCCGAAACUGCGUAAUAACGGUGUGAAUUUCUGCGUUAUAAUUGAACACGUUCCGUGUUGUGUGAAACGUUUUCUUGAAUGAAAGAACUGCAUUAUUGAGAAAACGCGUUGUGUAACUACACGUUCAGCGAGGACUUGCGUUAUUGUAAAAUAUUGUGUUUAAUUUCAUGUAAAUGUUGAGAUAUUUUUGAUGCAGGUUGGAGGACUUUCUACAAAGAUACUAAUUCCUUCAAUGUAAUGUGAAAAAAAUGUAUA